CUGCAACCAGAAGACAUGGUGUUCUCUGAACACCUUGUAACACUUCUGGUGAUUGUUCCAGUUACAUCCCAGAAGAAAUGGUUAUCAAGCUAUGAGUUCCUUGAUUUCGUGGUACCACGAUCAUCUAAAAAGAUUUAUGAGGACCAGGAAUCUGCUCUGUACACAGUUACACUAUUUGCUAAAGCUGUUCCAAACCUUAAGGAUCAUGCACAAGAGAACCAUUUUCAGGUUAGCGACUUCAUGUUUAGCCCCGAGGCAUACGAAAGUAGAAAGCAAGAGAUCCAGGAGCUAAUUCAUCACCACAAAGUUACAAAGGCCUCUCUUUUAGACUGGUACUAUGGAAGCUACAGCGAGGUUUUUUCCCUCUGGAUGCAUGUCGUUACCAUGCUUGUGUUUUCUGAAAGCAUUCUCCGGUAUGGCCCUCGAGAUGGAUUUAUGUCUGCAGUGCUUGUUCUGUCUAUGGACAAUGAGGGGAAAAUUAGGAACGCCUUGGAGGGAUUGUCUGGUGGUGGGAAAAGUCACUGGAAAUCUGAAGAUUCAGAUGGGGGAGAGAGUUACAGGGCGCAGCUCUACGGGGCGUACACGAGACAGCGUCCCAUAGAGUGCGGGGAACAACUGAAUUUAUUGGCAAUAGCUGCGACUGUUGGAUUGCAACUUUGCAUAUGA